GUCAUAAGAAACACUCCAAUAGUUUAAAAUCAAACCGGGUUUUCAUUCAGAUCCUUUAUACCUGGAUGAGUUAACCCGGAACUUUCGUGUAUAAAUAUUUUAUUACUUUAGAAAUAAGACAAUUAAGGCACGACUCUGUUGGAUUGAAUUAAAUACAAAUAUUUUUGUUCCAUGAACUUUUUGUGACUUUCCUUGCGCCACACCGGAACAUUUGAGGGCGUUUCUAUAUAAAUAUACCCAAACAAAAAAAAAACCCACAUUGGUAUCAUCAAGAGCUGCGUUACGUACAGCAAAGAAAACACAUAUUGGAUUAUACAGGACCCCUAGUAACUAAAAAUUAUUCAGGAGAAAAAAAUCAACAGCCGUUAAAAAUGAAAACUAUCUCUUGUGUACUCUUUUUGUGUGUGAUCAAGGCAGUCUGUUCUCAAAAACCUGUACUACAAGCAAAUGAGACACUGGCAUUACCAUCCCUACACAAGAAUCCCGCCAGAAUGCCCCGGGUGUGCAGACAGUAUGUUAUUCGAGGGAUCCAACAGCUGACCAGAGGGCUACUCUUCACAAAAAAGGAAUUAAAGAAGAAACUUAAGAAAUUCAAGGAAAAAGAAUGCAAUGGUCUGAAGAAUCAGGAAAAAAUUCAAAAACGAUCUUCUUGUUCUAUUAAUGAUGGAGACACGUGCUGCCCUUCAUACUUGACCUUAGCUUAUCCAACUCAUCUAAACAACACCGAUGGAAAACUACGGCAGCUUGUCUCCAUCUACAGAAAAAGCCAGUCACUGUAUCAGUUCAUUCCGCUAGGGAUGUGUGUGUCUGGGGGAGGCUGUAACAUGUGCAAGCAGGAGUUUACAUUCCGGUCCCUCCUUGUUUACGACAUGAACUACCCUUACUACACAUUUGACGAGUUUUACUUACAGACUUACUGUUCUUGUAAAGGAGGCAUGUGAUGAAUAGAGUUACUUUUUUUCACCAAAACGUAGUUUCAGCAACAAAGAAUGUUUAGAAAGAAAAUGGUGUCUGCAUAAAAAAAGGAUUGCUUAUAUCAGUUAAAAAGUGUUCAGCAGAAGAUUUAAAUCGUUGUGGUCAAUCCAAGUGUUGUCAUUGGUGA